AAAGAAAUUGUGAGCAAAAAUGAAAUCGAUUUUGAUUACUGGUUGCAACCGCGGACUUGGUCUAGGUCUAGUGAAACACCUGGUGAAACUGUCGCAAGCGCCUGAGAAUAUCUUUGCAACAUGCCGAGACACUAAUAAAGCAGGGGAAUUGACUGCUUUAGCUGACAAAUCGAAAAAUAUUCAUAUUAUAGAAAUAGAUUUAACUGAUACGAAGAGUUACGACAAAAUAGUACAAAUCGUGAGCGAUAAAACAGGCAACGCAGGAUUAAAUGUUUUGUUUAAUAAUGCCGGGGUUAGCCCAAAAUUUACACGUCUUAAUCUUGUAAAAGAGGAACAGCUUACCGAAACUUUCUUCGUAAAUACGGUAGUGCCAAUUCUGUUAACAAAGGCGCUUUUACCACUAUUGAAAACAGCAAGCAACAAUUUUGAGGACAAAUCAAAAAUGAACAUCCACAGAUCUGCUGUUAUUAAUAUGACAUCUAUGCUUGGAAGUAUUACUGACAAUAAUCAGGGUGGAUUUUAUCCCUACAGAUGUAGCAAGGCAGCACUUAAUGCAGCUACAAAGUCAAUGAGCAUUGAUUUAAAGGAAGAUGGGAUCCUUGUCACUUGUUUACAUCCUGGUUGGGUGCGUACAGAUAUGGGAGGGAGCAAUGCACCCAUGGAUGUUGAUACCAGUGUUACUAACAUCUUAAAUACUCUAAACUUAUUAACUGAAAAACACAUAGGCUGUUUUAUUCAAUAUGAUGGGAAAACUUUACCUUGGUAA